CAGUGAAACCAAACACAUCUUUCGAUCAAACCCUCAAAGGUUUUGCCAUCAUUUAACAAUCAUCGUCCUCAGCCACCACACCAACUCCCAAGUCCCAACACCCCACCCCCACCCCUACCCCUACCAUGGCUGAUAACAACAACUCUUCAGAGAUCAAAGAUUAUCAAAUUGUAGUUGCAGAAAAACAAACCACCAAACAACAACAACAAUUACCAGUCAAACGUAGCUCAAACAAAGACCGCCACACAAAGGUCGAUGGUCGAGGUAGAAGAAUAAGGAUGCCUGCACUUUGUGCAGCCAGAAUCUUUCAACUCACUAGAGAAUUAGGCCACAAAUCCGAUGGCGAAACUAUCCAAUGGCUGUUACAGCAAGCCGAACCCUCAAUCAUCGCCGCCACCGGAACCGGGACCAUCCCCGCUUCCGCGAUGGCGGCAGCUGCAUCCGCAGCCGCAGAACCCCACGGAGUUUCAAUCUCCGUGGGACCACAUGUGAAUUUGGGGCCCCCAAACCACAUGACUACACCACCAGGUAUUGCGGGCCUAUGGCCCGCGUUACCUACUGGUCUGUCUGCAAAUAAUUUGAGCAACGAUGGCUCGAAUUAUUUGCAGAAGAUUGCGUUUUCGGGGUUUGAGUUACCGGGUGGGUCGAAUUUAGGGCAAAUGAGUUUCAAUUCAAUUUUGGGGAAUCAUAACCAUCAUCAACAACAACUUCCUGGGUUAGAGCUCGGGUUGUCGCAAGAUGCUUGUGUUGCGGGUUUGAAUCAACAAGGUUUGAGCCAGAUUUACCAUGCGAGGAUGCACCCGCAACAACAGCCUUCACAGGAUGAUGAUUCUCAUGGUUCAGAGGGUCAAUAGAAUUGCCUGUAGCCUAGUGGUAUCACGAUGUGUAUUAAACGUGUUCGCUCUCAAAUGGUUGAGGGUCCUCGUCUUAUGGUGGACGUUAGUGUAGAUUUAGAGCAGGUUUAAAAGACGUGUGAGUUAGCGGUUUUAAAAAAAUGUGUUGUGUUGUAUAAUUUGCUUAAAAAGAGUAAUAAUUAUUAAUUAGUGAACAUGGAGAUUGAUGAAGAUGGUUAAUGACUUUAUCAGUGUCAAAA